AUGGCUUCUUCCGACGCAGAACAACCGCCGCCGCCGCCGCCGCCCGAAGCUCCUCCGGGGCUCCCCACCCCCACCCAUCUCUCUCCCACCGCGCAACCCUCCCAAGAAAACCAGAACGGAGAACGCGACCCCGACCCACCCCGUGGCAGGAUCAUCCUGGUCAACCCGCUGACCCAGUACAUGGCAGUUGUGGACCCCUCGUCGCCGCCCCCGUCCAGCUGGGAGCCGCUGGUCCGCGCGCUGCGGGACGGGAAGGGCGGCGGCGGGCCGCCGGCGUCGAGAGAGUCCGUGCGAGCCAUGCGGGACGUGGUCAUGAAGAGGACGGACGAGCGAGGGGGAGGGGGAGGGGAAGAGGAGGAGUGCGCGAUAUGCAUGGAGGAGUUGGAGGAGGGGAGAGAGAUGCCGUGCAGGCACAGGUUCCACGGCGGCUGCAUCGAGCGGUGGCUCGGGAUUCACGGGACUUGUCCGGUCUGCCGGUACCAGAUGCCAGCGGACGAAGGAGGCGCCGCGAGGAAGGGAUGGGAGGAGGACGACGAAGGAGGCGAAGGAGGAGAGGAGGGGAGGGACAUUUGGAUCGGCUACUCGGUCGUGAGACGAGACGGUUCGAGCGACACCGAUCAUCAUCAUCAUCAUCAUCUUCACGAUCGUCUUCAUCGUCACUACUCGACGGACGGAGCAUGA